UCGACUGCUCUUUCCUGUGUGUAGAGGCCAUUUUGUUGAAAAUUAGACCACUUGAGCAUUGAAGGACGGAUAAAAGGAUCGACACGCGUUUAAAGGGGAACUUAAUCACUUAUGACAACAACAGUUUGUUAAUUUGUACUAGCUGGUGUAUCAAAUUUGAGGGAAGUAUUGACUAGUUUCACACACUAAUCGGCAGACAGACGAACCUCCCACAGGCGGAGUUUACGCCGCAGAGUUUUGACUGAUGCGCUAUGAAUCGGAACACUGUAUUACUUAUACUCUCAUAUUUCACAUACUUGAAAAAGCAUUCUGCUUGAGAUGAUUUGUGUCAUUGAAGUGUGAACUCAAGUACUAUUUAUGUCGGAAAACAAGUGCAUUUCGUGCGCAAAGUAUUUCAUGUCUGUGUGAAAGUUGUCAGCAGCAGCAUCUGGGGUUAUUUCUGCACGUGAGGGAAGUGAUUUAGAUUGAUUUAUCAAGUGUUGACAGUUUAUUGGAUUGAAUAACUAUCUUUAAACAGGCAACAUGUUCAGUUUUAUGAAGCAUAAGGAUAAAAAGGACAAGGAGGAGAAAAAGAAAGAAAAGAAGGAGAAGAAGGAAAAAGAAAAGAAAGAGAAACGUGAACCAAUGACACAAGAUGAGUUAAACAAGUUGGAUGAGGUGAAGAAAGGCGUGUUUAGGCGUUUGAGUGAUAAAGAUAAAAAUAGAAAAUCAGGAUACAAAUCUGCACCGCCAGGCAGUCAAGACGUGAAGAGGGAUACAAGUGACAGUAGCUUGAGUGGGGACGGACCCAGCCCGAGUCACGAAACUUCCCCCGAGCCGCCAGCUCAAAGGGUCAGCCUGACAAGGCCCCAGAGACUGCCUAGUGGAGGGAAAGCAGACAGAUCAGCUCCCCCAGUUAUAGCACCCAAACCAAAAUCAAUUCUCAAAGGGAAAGGGGAGCAACAGCAAGUUUCAACAAACAUUGAUGACAGUGUCCUUUUGCAAGAAAAUACAAGGAUGAAUGAAUAUCAAGCUCAUUUAACAAAUAAUCCUGCUAAAGCUGAAGUAGCUCAAAAAGAAAAUAGGCCUUUGGCAUCCAGUUCUUCAGCAUCAUCAAUAAACUCUAGUUCCUCUAGUUCACCUCAGAAAUCUCCUGACAAAUCAUUUAAGUCAGAUUUAAAAUUGCCUGAGAUCGUACCUCCAAAACCUCCAAAAGUCAGAGAAUUAGUUCUUCAUAGGCAGCCAACUGGUGGCUUUGGUUUUACACUUAGAAAAGCAAUUAUUUCAGACAAUACAGAAAGUGGACAAGAACUCAAACAUACGGUAGUUUUUGCAGAACCAGGAAGUGGGCCGAAAGCCUUGCAGACCGGGUUGAUUCCAGGGGACAGACUCAUUGAAAUCAAUGGCAUCAACGUGGAAAAUAUUUCGAGAGAGGAGAUGGUUGAAAUGAUCCGACAGUCAGGAGAGACGGUGACAGUGAAAGUGCAGCCCAUUCAAGAGCUGAUAGAGCUGAGUGUAAGACCAGGUACCGAUGGAGCCAGUGUAGAAGUGGAAGAAGCAGUCAGUAAAGGGGGGACCCUGAAGCGCAGUGGCAGUGUCCGCUACAAGAAAGGGGUAGGUACUUAG